CAUCGCCAUUCCGCGAUUGCCAGCAAACCAAUCCACCCGGAGACCCGGUGGCUGAAGCGACCUGCCCAUGGACCUGGAUGGGCCCCUCGCCGCGCUGCUGGAUCCCGUGCUGCUGCUGCGUGCCUUCUACCUGGCCGCCGCCGCUCUGAUACUGCUCAUCAGCGCCGUGCCUGCGCUUAGCGAUCGCUUUCUUGCCUAUGGCUCUCGUUCUGCCCGUUCCCCAGCGCCCAGAAAUGCGCCCACCGUCCUCGCCCGUGUGCUCGACCAUUUGACGACCUACCGUGUCCCGCACCUCUACUUCGCGCAUUUCUAUAUCCUCUCCAUUCUGAGCUCCCUGUUUUGGGCGCAUCAGAUCUGGACACGUGGGCCUGGUUUCGAGCUCCUAGCCACCUUCGUCCCCGAAGACUCUCCUACCAUGACUCUCCCGCAGAUCUACAUGGUCUGGGCAUUGAUGCUGCUACAGGGAGUUCGUCGCCUGCUUGAGUGUUUGGUGUCGGCCUCAAAUUCGAUGAGCACCAUGUGGAUAGGCCACUACAUCCUCGGCCACCUCUUCUACCUGGCAGUGAACAUCAGCAUCUGGAUUGAAGGGGUCCAGGCCAUCCGCGCCCCCUCCCCUUCGUCGCACCCCCAACCAGCGUUCUCAUCGCUCAUACUGCCCCUCGUUCUCCCCAUCCUUCUCGCCGCCCAUGUCGGCCAGCACAGCUACCACGCCUACCUAUCGUCUCUUCGCGCAACGAAGCACUCGUACAGUCUUCCCUCCCAUCCGCUGUUUCCGAACGCCAUUUGCCCCCAUUACACGCUUGAGACCUUGAUAUAUAUCUGUCUGGCUCUUCUUGCGGCGCCCGAGGGGCGACUAGUGAAUUGGACUGUUGCGACUGGGGCAGUAUUCGUUGCCGUUAAUCUCGGCGUCACUGCCCACGGCACUAAAGCGUGGUAUGUUGACCAAUUCGGCGAGGAAAAGGUGGCUCAAAGGUGGAAGAUGGUCCCGUGGGUAUGGUAGAUUGUGCGAUGAGCAAGUAGCAAAGCUCCAAUACACGAGUGCUCUGCACUGCACUUAUCUUGGUAUGACUUGGAUUUAUAUUUGCCCGGUGUGGUCAAAGUACGGAAUAACUUACGGAUGUUCUCCUGCGUUACUAAUGUCACAGAAUGCUUUCUCUCUAACCAU